AGGAUCCUGCUGCAUCUGAUGCCAGCGCGACAAGAGGCACACUGGCGCCUUUACACAAGUGCUGCUUUAUCUAAUAUUGACACAACACUUUACUAUACUAGAGGAGUGAUGACAUUCAUGAAGGACACAGCCUGGUAUCUUUCCACGUCACGCACAAAAAGAGGCUUUAAGUGGCGUGUUGAGGGCCAAAAGGCACCCAGGGCUCAAGACACACGCCAGUCUGCUCUACGCAGCACCAAGCAUCAGUCGCCUUGGUCAGGUGCUCUGACCAGUAACUACUUGUAAUGAAGUUCCUUGUGGUCCUCGCCGUGGGCGUGGCCGUGGCCCAGGCAAGCACCACGCCUCCGCCCGCUGAAGAGAAUAGCUCUUCAGGCCUCAUGGGCGAUCGCUCCCUUCUGUCCAACUUACUAAUAGUCGCAGGCUACAGUGACACUUGCGUCGCCGCCGCCCUGGACUCCUGUAGGACUGGACAAGAGGACAGCCGCCACGCGUCCCUCGUGGAGGAGGCGAGGGAAGUGGUGCAGCAGGUGAGUGCUGCUGUAAACAAAUGGGAGUCUCGGCCACGUCACUGCAAGGACUUACUGGACUCCGGGGACAGCGGGAGCGGCCUGCGCCAGGUAUACCCUUACCCUGGGCGACCCCACCACCGCGUGCCCGUGUUUUGUGACCACACCGUCGACGGCGGGGGAUGGACCGUCUUCCAGCGGCGCACCAGUGAUGCCGUCCGCCAAGAUUUCUACCGCACUUGGGUCGAGUAUCAGUUGGGCUUUGGUGACCUGGAGGGUGAAUUCUGGCUGGGCCUUGACCUUCUGCACCAGCUGACCUCCACCACCCUGCAGCAGCUACGAAUUGACCUGGACGAUUACGAGGGAGAACAUCGGUGGGCUAAGUAUGGAUUCUUCCACGUGGGCGCACCAGAGACCAAGUUCCGCCUCAGUGUUGGAAGAUACAGCGGCAACGCAGGGAACAGCCUUGAAUACCACCACUACAACCAAUUUAGCACCCAUGAUGAUGACAACGCCAGGUCGAGUCAUAACUGUGCCCAAAAAUACCGGGGAGCUUUUUGGUAUAAUGAUUGCCAUCACUCUAAUCUGAACGGCUACCAGUAUGUGGGCAACCACACCACCCACGCCGAUGGCAUCAACUGGUUUCACUGGAAGGGCCACCGCUACUCCCUGAAGCGAACAUCCAUGAUGAUCCGCCCCUCUUUCUGAGCCGCUCUCUUGUUGGCUGUGGCCGGAACGGUGGGAGGCGUGCACACAAGAACACAACACUGUUUUUUUUUUUCUUAUGUAGGAAGGACACUGGCCAAGGGCAACAAAAAUCCAAUAAAAAAAAAAUAUGACCACUGAAAUGCCAGUCCUAUAAAAGGGUCAAAGCAGUGGUCAAAAAUUAAUAAAUAAGUGUCUUGAAACCUUCCUCUUGAAGGAAUUCAAGUCAUAAGAAGGUGGAAAUACAGAAGCAGGCAGGGAGUUCCAGAGUUUACCAGAGAAAGGGAUGAAUGAUUGAGAAUACUGGUUAACUCUUGCGUUAGAGAGGUGGACAGAAUAGGGGUGAGAGAAAGAAGAAAGUCUUGUGCAGCGAGGCCGCGGAAGGAGGGGAGGCAUGCAGUUAGCAAGAUCAGAAGAGCAGUUAGCAUGAAAAUAGCGGUAGAAGACAGCUAGAGAUGCAACAUUGCGGCGGUGAGAGAGAGGCUGAAGACAGCCUCUCAACUGUGCACAGGACGCGCUUCCAGACCACCACCACCACCACCACCUCUUCAAGCUCCCUCUCUGACGCUGCUCUCAGCCUGAGCGGCUCUCUCUCCCGCAAACCUUCGGAGUGGCUGGCCCCUCACAGCCACUCCGGAAGUUUGCGCUGCUUGCCUCCUCACACGGCCACGAGACGUGCACACCGUGCGUCCCUGCACCGGGCUCUGCGUGCUCGUAGUCACGUGACGCUGUUAGGUAUUUCAUUAUAUCCUGUGAUUUAAUUACACAGGCAGGUAGGCUCUCUCUCUCUCUCUCUCUCUCUCUCUCUCUCUCUCUCUCUCUCUCUCUCUCUCUCUCUCUCUCUCUCUCUCUCUCUCUCUCUCUUUGCAGUGUAACAUCCUUGCUGCUAACAAAUGUCAGUAACAAAAAAGAAGCCGAUAAUAAAUUCAUCCUUGCCUUGA